AUGAAUCGAACCGGGCCCAUUGAUGAUCACACCAAGCCUUCCAUGGAACCAAUAACGGUGGGAACCACCUCGUUACCGGGUGCAACGGCCUCGGGGUCGGAUCUCCAUUCUAACCUGAGCUCGACCUUUGGCGCGACCUCGUCUUCCUCCCUGGGCUCCUUGACGGACUACUCGCACUAUCCCCUCGCGAAGAUGGGGGACCGAAUCUACCAUCGCGAUCCAGAAAACCUCUACCCUUUACCCUGUGACCAGCCCGAGAUCCACCGGCAGAUCCUGCGCACGAUGAUGCUUCUCCGCGUUUUCGGCGGCCCGUUUUGCAAUCCCCACUUGAACAGUCACCCGCCAAAGCGUGUCCUGGAGAUCGCGUGCGGCUCAGGCCUCUGGUCCGGAUUAUGCCACGAAUACUUCGCAGAGCGGAAACAACCAAACGUCCAAUUCACCGGAAUCGACUUCGUACAACUAGCUCCAGACCUGCGCAAGCAGGGCGUGAAUUGGCAAUUCAAACGACAUGACCUCCGCCGACCCCGACUGCCCUUCCCGGACGAAUACUUCGAUUUCGUCUUUAUUAAAGACGCCGGCAUGUGCUCCUGCAGCCCCGCCCAGAUGGCCAACGGGCUGGAAGAGCCUCUCCGCGUACUGAAAUCGGGGGGCGUGCUGGAAGUCUGGGACUCCGACUGGGUCUUCCGGUCUCUACUGCCAAACCCGGCUCCCGCCAAAAAGGCCGCAUCAAAAGGCCAAGAGGUGGCCGAUGCCACCGCCACAUACACCUUCACUUCCGCGACGCCGUUCACCGGCGCCCAGAACAAAUACCUCGUGGACUAUAACUCGUGGGUGGAGAAAUCGUUCGACCGCCGCAAACUAUCGGCGUUACCCUGCGCUACGAUUGGCAUGUCUUUCCAGUCGGAAGGUGAUGCGCUUGAGAAUGUGGACAGCCGGCGCAUCGCAAUUCCGCUCGGCGAUCUGCGCUGGGAGCGCGAAGGCGCGUCGGAGGCAAAGGGUCGAUCGCAUAAGACGCUGAACCAGGAGCAGGUCUCUCUGCGGAAGACGGCGCUUCUUACGGUAGUCCAGAUGAUCGAGGGGCUGGAACCCAUGCUCAUGGAAGCCAGCGGUUUGGGAAGAGAUGAAUGGGACCGAUGGUGGGCCUCCAUGAUCUCGGACCUCUUCCAAAAAGGCGGCCUUACCAGUGGCGAGUGUCUAGAAGUGAGUGCCUGGUGGGGUCAAAAGAAAUAA